AUGGAAUACAAAGUUGGAACUAUUUCAACUAAGGCUGAUUUAACUACCAAAGAACUUAGCUACGCAAAAAAAGAAAUCAAGAGCGCGGUAAGAAAAGUCGACACUUUGCCUUUUGCUUUGACCCCUAAAACGCCAAAUGGAGCAACUCCAAAGUUGAAAGACAUUAUGAAGGCUCAAAAACAACACCGUGAAACUAAAGUUGAUGACGAUAAACCCACUUUUAGAGUGUGCAUAAGAAUUCCAGAUACCAUGAAAAGAGUUAAUAUCCCUGCGAUUGGAAAGAAAAUUGAUGCGGUUGCACAAAAGUCGGUGGCUCAGGAAAUAGGCUAUACUGUCAAAGGGCAUUUAUAUGUUCAACUUAAUGACAAAGAUUUUGCUGAUAAAGCUGCACAAUGGAUCCCCAAAGUUGACCCUACUUAUUCAGUGCUUGACACAGAUUCUUGGUACAAGGCUGUACUUCAGGAAAUACCUAAUACGGCAUCGAUUGAAGACUUGAAAGAAACUCUCUACAAUUUUAAUGAUUACCAUAUUGUUUUGAAUACCGAACCCAAAAUCAUUAGCAGAAACCAAUUUACCCAAACAGCAUUGGUUUCAUUCAGAAAUGCCCAAGACUAUGCAAAGUUGUUGGAAUAUAUGUCAUGCUUUCAGCUUAUCAAUCGUAUUUACUUAUUAACUCUUGCUUUUAGCUUUCAGCUUAUCAAUCGUAUUUACUUAUUAACUCUUGCUUUUAGCUUUCAGCUUAUCAAUCUCUUCUCCGCUAUGUCUAAUCACGGAAACACUACAGGAGUCAAUGAAGGACCCUCAUCCUUCGAGUCAGCCAGCACUGGAAGUUCUGUUGCCCACUCAACAUCUGAGACCCAUUCAAAGAACAACGCCAGCUCUUAUGAGACAUUCGCCGAUCUCCCUGUUCAUCGUCAAAUUGAUCUCGCUGACCGUUCUGGAUUUACCGUUAGACAAUUAACCAUUGCCAACGUGCCAGUUUGUUCCGAAGGAUGUGAAGCUGAAUUAAAAGUCUUAGCAGACUUGACAGCUUACAUUAGAAACUCAAACUUCAAAGCUAGUCCUCCCCCAUCUCAAAAGGUUAUGAGCUCCUUUGACGCUUCUCAUGUUAUCGACCAUAGUUUCCCACCCAAACUCACGUGCAUUAUCAACUGCACUAGUCUGCGACAACAUUGCAUGCUCAACAUUACUGAAGCUUCCAAGUGGGCCUCUGUAGUGGAGCAAUAUUUCUUUAACAACCCGGAUGGCACCUUUCACCGUGACCUUAUCUUAGCAGUGCUGAAUAACAACAAGGUUUCAGCAGCUGCUCGCGAAGAUCCUCAGAGUCAUCUCUGGGGGAUUACCAAGUUUGUCGACAUUUUCAAGUCAAGAUCUGGAGGAUGGAGCCCCUGUGAUUCAGUUGAAAUCCCAGCGCUAGUUGAAGCAACUUCUGCAGCCUUCGUAAAAGGUCGAAGAAUUAUUGACGGUUCAUCAAAAGUCGUGUCAAAGCAGGAACCCAAGCAAGAACCCAAGCAGGAAUCCAAGCAGGAAACCUCGAAGAAAGCUGGUCACUCUGAUACCAAGCAAGGAAAGGGGAAACAGUGGUCCAAGGGGUCUGGUGGCAACAAGAGGCGUAACAAUGAAGACAAGCAAGCUAGAAAGUCGAACUCUGAUGGUCAAAACAAAGUUGCUGCCUUGAAAGCUACCGAAUAUCUUGAGGUGGCUCGCGACGAUGUUGAAACUCUUUGCUCUGUUGCUCGUUUUGAGAUGGGGGAGGACUAG